AUGGAGAUGCACUAUGAUGAUUUGGCCUGGGAACAGAGCGACGUGACCUUUGAUGCCUUUAAGAAGAAGGCGUCGAGUCCGGAUGUCCUGGCAGCUGUCACUGAAUUUAUGGCAGCAAAAUACCCUUCGUCUCGUCCCAGUGAUCGUGCUCGUAUAAUAGGAGUUGGCGCCUUUAAUUUCUGCUACCGCAUGGAGUUCGAUAACGGAUUUGCUUCCCUUCUGCGCCUUGCAUCCUCCGGCCGGAGUAUGUUUCCAGAGGAAAAGACCGAAGCAGAGGUGGCUGUUAUGUGCUUUGUUAAAGAGAAUACCAGAAUUCCUGUACCAGCUAUCCUUGACUGGGGCAUGCAAGGGCCCUGUGGGAUGGGCCCGUAUAUCCUAAUGGAAUUCAUCAGCAGCGCCUCCAACCUUACGGCGAAGCUAAGAAAACCUGGCUAUACUAGACAGGACCGCCCUAUACUCGACCCCGAUAUCGAUGAAUCAAAGUUAGAGUAUUUAUACGGGCAGAUGGCAGAUAUUAUAUUACAGCUGUCGAGGUGUUCGUUUAGCAAGAUUGGCUGCCUGGCUGCUGGGCCAAACGGUUGGACUAUCACAAAACGCCCCUUGACAAUGAAUAUGAACGAGCUUGUCCAGCUUGGUGGUUAUCCUAGGGCUUUAUUACCGUCGUCUCCUUUUAUAUCUUCGUCCGAUUAUUUUAAGAACCUCGCUGAGUCUCAAUAUACACACUUAUUAACACAGCGCAACGAUGCUAUCCAGUCGGAAGAGGAUUGCCGCCGUAAGUACAUAAUCAGAAAGAUAUUGCUUAAGCUCACAAGGCAGUCAAAGUCAAACCUUAUGGAUGAGGCUACCUCAGCCCGCCGUGAAUUCAAGCUUUUCUGCGACGACUUGCGGCCAACGAAUAUACUUGUUGACGAACACUCCAAGAUCGUUGCCGUUAUCGAUUGGGAGUUUACCUAUGCCGCACCCUCUGAGUUUACAUACAGUCCUCCAUGGUGGCUACUUUUGGAAACGCCGGAAGACUGGCCUUUAGGUAUAUCAGACUGGACCGAGACUUAUAAUUUACGGCUCAAGACCUUUUUACGGGCCAUGAAGAGCCGGGAAGAUGUUGCAAUCCGCAAUGGGUACUUAUCUAAUGCGGAGGAGCGACUUUCGGAGAGAAUGCGUGACAGCUGGGACAGUGGUAUUUUCUGGAUUGGCUAUGGUUUACGGAAAAGCUGGGCUCUAGAUAUUGUCUGGCCGUAUAUUGACCGGAAGAUCUUUGGCGGAACAGAAACGCACGCGCAGAGAAUAGCCUUGAUCAAGGAUAGAAUCCAGUUCACGGACGGUGAGCGUAAGGAAAUGGACGACUUUGUUCAACAAAAACUAAGGGAAUCAGAGACUAGGACGCACAAUGUGUGGGGAUGCGGGAACGAGGUGAUAGGCCCCGAGCUAAAUCUGCAGACAUAUCUGCCUUAA